AUGAAGUCUUUUGCGCUUCUUUCACUCUUCGCUUCUCUCGCUCUUACUUCGCCCAUCGCUGUCGCGGUACCCGUCGCUGCGCCCGCCGACGAACCCAAACUCAUUACACUCGAAGCUCGUCAGUCCAGCGCCACCAGCAAUGAGCUUGAGACUGGAAGUAGUGCUGCAUGCCCAAGGACAAUCUUCAUCUUCGCAAGGGGAAGCACUGAAGCUGGGAACAUGGGCGCUCUAGUUGGUCCAUUUACAGCCAGCGCUCUUGAGAGCGCAUACGGAGCAUCCAAUGUCUGGGUUCAGGGUGUAGGUGGCCCCUACACGGCCGGCCUCGCAGAGAACACACUUCCGGCCGGUACCUCUCAAGCCGCUAUCCGCGAAGCUCAACGUCUCUUCAAUCUCGCCGCUAGCAAAUGCCCCAACACCCCCAUCACUGCCGGUGGUUACUCUCAAGGCGCUGCUGUCAUGUCCAACGCGAUCCCCGGUCUCAGUGCUGCCGUGCAAAAUCAGAUCAAGGGUGUGGUGCUGUUCGGUUACACUAAGAACCUGCAGAAUGGAGGAAGGAUCCCAAACUUCCCUACUAGCAAGACUAGAAUCUACUGCGAGACUGGGGACUUGGUUUGCACCGGUACGCUCAUCAUUACGCCUGCGCAUCUCAUGUACUCAGACGAGGCUGCUGUGCAGGCACCCAUCUUCUUGAGAGCUCAGAUCGCCUCGGCAUAG